AUGAUUCAACGAGCCACAGCAGCAGCAGCAACAUCAUCAUCAACAUCUAAAACAGGAGAUAGUGGUGCCCCUACUAAGAGAAGACAGAGAACUUUAUUCUCUGAUACGCUCAAUCAAGGACCAAGUUUUGAAGAUUUUGUUAAUGGUAAAGCCCAAGAUAUGAUAGUUGACCCAUUGGAGGCAGCACGGUCUGAUCCGGAUCAGAGACUUCCCAAAUGGUUAAAAGUUCCCAUUCCCAAAGGUAAACUGUUUCAUAAUGUGAAAAAGGAUGUUAGAGAACUUAAGUUAGCUACUGUUUGUGAAGAAGCCAGAUGUCCAAACAUAGGAGAAUGUUGGGGUGGGAAGAAAUCUGAAUCUACAGCCACUAUUAUGCUUUUAGGUGAUACUUGUACAAGAGGAUGUCGAUUCUGCAGUGUGAAGACUAAUAGAAAGCCUUCUACACCCGAUCCCAAUGAGCCUGAAAAUACAGCUGAAGCCAUUAAAAGAUGGGGGUUGGGCUACGUUGUUUUGACCACAGUCGAUAGAGAUGAUUUAGUAGAUGGAGGAGCUAAACAUUUAGCUGAAACUGUUCGUAAGAUUAAAGAAAAAGCUCCUCAAACAUUGGUUGAAGUUUUAGGUGGAGAUUUCCGUGGAGAUUUAGAAAUGGUUAAGAUCUUAGCUAAUAGCGGACUUGAAGUUUAUGCACAUAAUAUGGAAACCGUCGAAGCAUUAACUCCACAUGUUAGAGAUCGUAGGGCAACCUACAGACAAUCCUUAGCAGUGCUUAGAACUGCUAAAGAAUUCAAACCUUCAUUGGUUACAAAGACUUCAUUGAUGUUGGGAUUCGGAGAAACAGAUGAACAAUUAAUCCAAACUCUUAAAGAUUUACGUGAAGUGGGUUGUGAUGUUGUAACCUUCGGUCAAUAUAUGAGACCUACAAAGAGGCAUAUGAAGGUUGUUGAAUAUGUUACUCCUCAGAAGUUUGACUAUUGGAGAGACAAGGCUUUAGAAAUGGGAUUUUUGUAUGUUGCAUCUGGUCCAUUGGUCAGAUCGUCUUAUAAAGCUGGUGAAGCAUAUAUUGAGAAUGUCAUUAGAAAGAGGAGACACAAUGUGGGAGAAACACCCAGACUUCUGGAAGUAAUUUCUCCCAAUGUUUUCAAGUCUGAUAAUGUAUAG